AUGGCAUCUCUUAAUAGUGGUUCAGUGAGAUCACUAUAUCCAAAAGGGCCAAGCUUUACCUUGGAAAACUUCUCAAGUAAAGACUUCAUAGUGAGAGAUUUUGUGGAAGAACUGUCCGAAAGUGCGAUUCCGAUAAACAGGCGCUCUGGACCAGCUCAACCUGCAUUUGAUGCCAAACCAUUCAUAAGAACGUUUGAAAGUGCGCUGCAACAGCUUGCGACACUUUCAGAUGAGCUAGAGGAGAAGGAGACAGACCUCCUGACAUCUGUUCGGCGGGCCGAGAUACAGCAUGAUCAAACAUUAGACACUUUAGGGCGCAAGCUGGAUGAAUCAAUUGACUCUUUUGAAUCGCUCGAUAUAACACUAAAUAAUCCUAAUGGCACAAAUGGCACAACCACAGAUCGAUAUGGGCGACCGGAGGCAGGAGGAAAUAUUGCGGUCCAAAUCGGAGAACGACUCGAGGACUUAGACAAGCAGAGACGGCGUGCAAUAGAUGCCAACUUCUUAAUACAAUGCUGGAUAGAAGUUAGUGAGAAUGGGUCGCUCAUAUCUCUGGAAGAUAUGAUCAGACGGCAAGGUGGAGGGGAAAACAAAGUUAGAUCUGCUGUUAUCGCCAGGCAGCUAAUGCGCAUGAGCCAGAGACUGGAUCCGGCAUCUUGGGCUAAUGGUUCGAAAAAAGCCAAUGGAAUUACAAACGGCGUUGUUGGAUACAAAGGCCAUAACACUAGGGAAAUUAUAGAGAAAUUCUCUGAAACGUUAGAAAAGGAUCUUUUGAAACAGUUUGACAACAGUUAUCGGCGCCAGAACUUUGAUGAUAUGCUCGAGUGCGCAAAGGUCUUACACGAUUUCAACGGUGGAUCUAGUGUCAUUGGUACAUUUGUCAAUCAGCAUCAAUUCUUCAUCGACCGAAGUCAACUUAUUGCAGAGGAGGUCACAACCGACAAUGAGACGUGGGAGAUGUUAGCCGAUCCCGACUCUGAGCCCCCAGGAGUUGAACCUAGCUUACAAUCUCUCAUUGAUGAGAUCAGAGCUGUCAUGCAAGAGGAAUCUUUCAUUAUCAAGCGAGCAUUUCCAUUCUAUGAAGUCGUCCUCAUCAAAUUUAUUCAGCGCAUAUUCCAGCAAUCUAUACAGCAGCGUUUAGAGAUGGUGCUUGAAAAAGCCGAUACUAUUUCUUCUUUAGCCUUCCUUAGGUCGUUGCAUGCCUCAAGGACUUAUAUUAAUAGCUUGAUCGAAGACCUUAAAGCACACGGUCUUACAGAGCACCCCGAACCUUGCACAGCUCAAACUGCACAAAGUCUAGAUCAGCAAUUAGACGAACUAUUCGUUCCAUAUCUGGUUGGAAACUCGUAUAUUGAUCGAGAGAGGAAGAGUCUGGAGGAGCUCUUCUCUUCAUUGCUCUUUAAGUUUACUAUCUACCACUCACGGCGAAAAAAGGUUCCAACAGGCUUCAUGGCUUCUUUGGCCCAGCAGGGAAGUCAGCUGUUAUCUUCGGCAAAGGAUGCAUACAUCGAUCGUCUCGACUCGUCUGAACUCACCCCCACUCAAAAGGCUAUGAUGUUACGUGUUGCUGGCCUUCGAGACCUUGAUAACAAUAAGAAUGAGAUUGAAGUCACAGAUGAAGAUGGUGUGAUUAGUGUCGCAAAUGCCAAACGUAUGCUUAAAUGGCUUGCAGAAGGUGUGCGACGAGCGUUGGAGAUGGGAAGUGGAAGUGACACACCUAAAGAUGUCUCGGCCCUUCUGAACCUCCUGCUUAGCAGCAUGGGUGAGGUGUAUAUCGAGACAGCGCUUGAGGCUGCUGCCGAACGAGCCGCCGCCCAAGAAAACAUCAAAACCGAGCCUGAUUUAGCCUACCUGCCUUCAGUGCGACCGGCAGUCAUCAUUACAAAUGUGAUGUCGCGGUUCAUUAACACGGUACUCAUACGCCUUGCAGAAACAAAUACCACUGUUCGACGUGGCAUGGAAUCACAGACCAAAGCGAGUGUGGAGAGAAUCGAAAAAAAGGCUAACGACAUCAUGCGUAGUACCAUUACUGUCGUACUGAACUGGAUUACAAGGCUGUUGGCAGGCCAGAAAAAAACGGACUUUCGACCUAAGGAUAGUGAUCUUGGUUCAAUUGAGACCUUACAAACUGCGACCUGUCUUGCUAUCUGUAAUUUUCUCCAGCGCGUGGCUAAGAAUGCCGCACAAGCUGUUGAUGGGCAGAAUCUAGAGGUAUUUAGUUGUGAACUCGCGAUCAGCAUUCGAGACAUGCUGUUUGAACACUUCAAAAAGUUCCAAGUGAAUGCUACUGGUGGUUUGAUGGUUACGAAAGAUAUGUCAAGUUAUGUGUCCGCGCUGAAAGACUGGCCAUUGACAAAGGAUAUCACGAGUGAAGUGGAAAUCCUUAGCGACAUUGGCAAUUUGUUCAUCGUUGGAGCAGAGGCUCUUAAAGAAAAAUCGAGAGCUGUGCUUGCAAGUGGGGCCAGCAAGAAGUUGCAGAAAGCAGACUUCAAAGCUUUUGUAUUGAAGAGAGACGAUUCGGGAAGCGUGGGAGUUCAAAGUGUGCUUGCAGGAUUAUGA